CGAAGUCGUGACUAGAGUACACUCUAGUCGUCUCUAUGCUAGUCGUGACUGAGGGAACUGAGUGAAGUGCAAAACAAUAACGGAAAAAUUAUGGAUGGACAGUACUGCAAACGUACUGAAAAAUUUCUUCGUGCCGUAGACAAAGCUUCCAAGGAUCUGCUCGAAAAGUUCAGGCAGUGGUGCUUGAACACGCUUGAACUUCAAAAGUGCGGCAUCGAGAAGAGUUCGUUGGAGAAUUACAUUAACAGUUUCGCAGAUCAGCUUUUGUCGUACAUAAGCGCGGAGUGCAGAUCCACUUUCGACGACCUAAGAUUGGACGAGAAGUUCAGGAGUCUGAGCUACCUGAUCGAAGAGCAAGAAAAAUACAAAGGGACGCCUGCGUGGCGGCCAUCUGGAAAUCCAGAUGAGGACAUUGAAGACCAUUUACGGCCACCGUACCAGAGAUGCCUAAAAAACCUGACUGCUAUACUGAAAGAAUGUGAAGAAGAAAAUAUUGCAUUAGAAGCACAAGUUGCCAAAGAGAACAAAGAGUUGGAAAGCAUCUGUGCUGAAAUUGAUGUCAUGGUGGCCAAGAUUGACAAGCAAUUCCUGACUGAGACGAGGAAGGAGAAUAAUGAUGCCGACGAAGAUGGAUGGUAUGACGAAGUCUGAGACAAGUAGCCAAGAGAAACUAGCACCUUCUUCUCUUUCAAGUGAACUGCUUGUGGUUAUUGUUGCAUUUAUAACUGAUGUAGCACUACUGCACAUCUUUUAAGGAAAGCCCUACAAUAAACUUGGGGACAAGCUAUACCCGGCUGCCUCAUACCACUAGUAAA